CACGGCUGGGCCGAAGUUUGUCUACAUUCUGAAACAUGUCAUCUGAGGUGUAUGACUGCAUUGUUAUAGGAGCCGGGAUCCAGGGGUCCUGUACCGCCUACCAUCUUGCCAAAAAUAAUAAGACAACUCUACUGCUGGAGCAGUUCGUGCUGCCGCACUCCCGCGGGAGCUCCCACGGCCAGACACGGAUCAUACGGAAAGCCUACGAGCAAGACUUCUACACACACAUGAUGGAAGAGAGCUAUGAGCUGUGGGCCCAGCUGGAGAAAGAGGCAGGGAUAAGGCUCUUCAGCCGCACAGGCUUGCUGGUGAUGGGUCCAGAAGACGGGAAGAACUUCCAGCUCAUUAAGAGCUCACUGCAGAGGAACAAGGUGCCCUCCGUGGAGCUACAAAGGCACAGGUUCAGCCAGCACAUCCCCAACGUGAACCUGGCGGCUGGAGACGGUGCACUGGUGGACAGCACAGCCGGAGUCCUGUACGCGGACCGAGCAGUCAGAGCGGCUCAGAUGAUUUUCCAGGCACGUGGCGGCAUAAUUAAAGAUGGACAGAAAGUAGUUCAUAUCCAGCCAGGUGCUGUGGUCACCGUGACAACUGGGUCUGACAUGUACAAAGCAAGGAGCGUGGUGAUCACAGCUGGCCCCUGGGCCAGCACUCUGCUCUCCCUCACCGGGCUGGAGCUACCACUGCGGGUGGUCAAGAUAAAUGUGUGCUACUGGAAGGAGAAGGUUCCGGGCUCCUACAGCAUCAGAAAUCGCUUCCCCUGCUUCAUUCAGCUGGAGCCCAAGGAGGCGGAGCACGACAUCUAUGGCCUCCCAUCCAACGAGUAUCCAGGACUGAUGAAGGUGUGCUACCAUAUGGGCAGUGAGACGGAUCCGGAUGAGAGAGACGGACGGAUGGACAGGGCAGACGUGGAUGCCGUGGGCUGCUACAUCCGCCGCUGUUUCCCCGGGCUGGUGCCAGUGCCUGCUGUGGUUGAGAGCUGCCUGUACACGAUCACACCUGACCGCCACUUUGUCCUGGAUCGCCACCCCGCGUACAGUAACAUCGUGAUCGGAGCUGGAUUCUCAGGGCAUGGCUUCAAGUUCAGCCCUGUUGUCGGGAAGGUGCUGUGUGAGCUGAGCAUGGGGCAGGUGCCCAGCUACGACCUCUCACCUUUCAGCAUCCGACGUUUCCAGGGUCACCGUAGAUCUGCUCUAUGAGGCCGGAAUACUGAAAUUUAUCCUCUAUGUGAAUGUGAAUGCCUGCUGCACUGUAUCAAUAAGAAGAAAUGACAACUAAUGACAAAACAAAAAAGGUUGAUUUGCCAAAAUGUCACCCUAAGGUCACACUCCUCCUUAUUAUUGAGUUCAGGUGUUUCAGCCACACCCAUUGCUGACAGAUCUUAUGACCCAUUUAUCACAGCUUCUUGCUCUGCUGUUUUUAACCACUUUGAAUGUUUCUCUUUUAAAUGAGAUCAUUGGUUAUAUGAAGUCAGUGUGUCCCACAGAUGUUGCCUGCCCUCACUUUUUUAAAGAGCUUUUUGAGUCUAAUGGGCCAGUCAUUGAAACUAUUUGGAGCACCAACCAUGCCUCAGGUGUUGUACCACCAAAUUUCUGAUAUGCUGUAAUUCAACCACUAAUUAAAAAAACCCAAAACAUUUUACUUAGCUCGGUUCUUUCAAAUUUUAGGCCAAUUUCUAAACUCCCUAAAAAUGUGUAUUUACAGAAUUGCAAUAAUUUUUAGACCAUUAUGUUAUUCUCCAGGUAUUCCCGUUUGGUUUUAAAGCCCUUCACAGCACUGAAGCCAUACUUUUAAAAUAUUUUAAUGAUCUUUUGUUAGUUACUGACUCCAGGGAUUCUUAUGCUCUUAGAGCUCAUUGCUGCUUUUGACACAGUAGAACACAGUAUCCUCAUCUCUGACUUGGAGCUCUGUGUCAGCAGAGAUACUGCAUGGUUCAGAUCCUACUUGUCUGACAGAAGUUUUUCUGUCUGCCUAUGUGAUUUUAUAUCCUCCCCAGCACCUCUAUCAUGUGGAGUCCCCCAGGGUUCUUUUCUGGGACCUAUCCUAUUUUCUCUCUGGUCCAUCCUUAGAAAAUAUGGUAUUCCAUUUCAUUGUUAUGCAGACGACAUCCACAUUUAUCUGCCUCUGAAAUGGAAAGAUAAUAAUUCUUUAAAACUAUUGUUGAACUGCCUCGAGGACAUAAAAGCCCAGAUGGCCUUGGGGUUUAAAAAAAAAAUUUUUUUUGGAAUGAAAAUAAUACUGAACUUCUGAAUGAUACUGAACUUCUGAAUAAUACUGAACUUCUGAUGCCUGUUUGCUGAAACCUGACUUCAAACAAUAUUUGUGUGAGAUAAUAGGUAAUAAUUCUAAAUUGGAUAAACAGAUAAACUCAGUGAUCAAAUCUAGCUUUUUUUCAAUAGGGGCUUUUAUCUAAGGUUAAGCCCUUUUUUAUCAUUUAAUGAAAGAAUUAUAUGUGCUUUUAUCUCAUCCUGUCUUCAUUACUGUAAAGCCUUUUAUGCUGGUAUUAGUCAGGCCUUCCUCUCACACGUACAUUUGGGCCAGGAUGCUGCAGUUUGUGAAGACAUUUCACCCAUACUGGCCUCCCUUCCCAAGCUCCCGGUUCAUUUUAGGAUUAAGUUCAAGAUUUUAUUUGCCUACAGAUCCUUAAAUGGGUUCGUGCCAACCUAUCUGUGACCUAUUAACCCCGCACCCUCCACAAAGAGCACUCAGGUCCACUGACCAUCUCUUUUUGGUUAUCCCUGUAUCAAGGUUGAAGCACAGGGACGUCUGUGCUUGUAACGCCCACACUCUGAAAGUAGCUGCCUUUGCAUGUUGAUUGGACCCGAUGCUGUCUGCUCUUAAAUCUCGUCUCGUCUCGUCAGCUCAUUAUGAGAGCGGCUUUUCAGUCGUGUUACUGUCUUGGUCCUGUUAUGUUAUUUUCUUCCCUUUACAUUUUUGUCCUUCAUCGUUAUUUAUUGUUCAUCACCAUCGUCUUUUCUGUGUCUUGUUGUGAUUAUGGUUUGAUAAUUUGAUUGUACAGCACUUUGAUCAACCCCCGUUGUGUUAAUGUAUUUUAUAAAUACAUAAAUGAACGAAGAACAUGAACUUCAUCUCCAGACUGUGGCAGUAGAAUGGGUCACUCUAUGCUGUUUGAUUUUUUUUUUUUUCCCAUAUAGCGGGUCACCUUUUGCCACAAGUCAGUCUGUGAAAUUUAUACCCUGCUAGUUCCAGUCAGCAGUAAACGCUGUUAUUUCUGUUGUGAAAUGGAAGUGUGACAAGCAGCAGCCAAGAACACUCCACCACAGAACAGGCGUGCUGUGAGCACGUCACGCUUAAGACAUCGCCUGUGCUCUGCUGCAUCAUUCACUACCUGCUGCUAGAAGCAAAGAGAACAGGAACUGUACAUCAGGAGCUUAAUGAAAGGCAUUUCUAUAGCUGAGCAGUGGUGUAAAGCACCUCAUUUAAACGCUAAUUACCAGAACGCACAGAGCCGACAGUAAAGUUUGGUGAAGGAUAAUGGAGUGGGAAAGUUAUCAGGGUCCAGGCUUGGGCCGGUGAAGGGUAAUGGCAUUGCUACAGCACACAAAGACAUUUUAGACAAUUAUAUGCUUCCAACCUUGCAGCAAUCAUUCGGGGAAGGCUCUCUGUUCAUGUGACUGUGACCGUGAUCACAAGGCAAAGUUUGACAAGUUUGGUGCGGAGGAACUCCAGUGGGCUGCAGAACCCUCAUCUCAAUCCCGUCAGACUCCUGUGGUAUAAUUUGAAACAUGGAUUGCCAGCAAGGCCUCCCAGCAGCUGUCACACCUCACAAAUAACGGCACCUUCGACCGAAUGGGUAUAAAUACCUACAGGAAGACCUUGUGGUUGCCAGACUUCCCAGAAGAGUGGAGGCUGUUAUAGCCAUAAAAGGGGGCAAAGACUCCGUAUUAAUGCUCAAUGUUAGAAUGAGAUGUCCAACAACCUCAUAUAGGCAUGAAGGUCGGGUGUCCACAUACUUUUGGCUAUAUGGUGCAUUAUAUGAUUUUAUUACUUUUUGGUUUUUGUUUGUCUUUAACAUGUUAAAUUGCUGCAGGAAACUAAAGAACUUCUUUUUUUUUUUUUUUUUGCUUAUAAACAUGAUGAGAAAGUAACAAUCAAAUAAAUACAUGCAUACGGUGCAUAGAAUUUCAAAUAAAAUUAAAAUUGAAAUUAAAAUUAUGGAGAUUACUAUUGUUAUAAGUUAUACUGGAACAUCGGGUACACCAGUAGUUGUUUGUUUCUGCACCCAUCUCUCAGUUCUUCAGCAGAGGGGUCCAAUCUUGACAAGAUCACCUGGAGCGGG